GACUGCACUUCCCGGCAGGCGGUGCGGCCCAAGGGGCGGAACUCCAUUUCCCAGCAGGCUCCAGGCGGCGGGCGCCGUGGUGCCUUGUGUGGGAUGUAAGCGCGGAGGUGGGCGCGGGGGACCCAGGCCAGGACUCUCCUUGGGAUUUGGGGGGCUUGGCCUAAGGGCGUGUUCCGGACAGACUCUAGGCCGAGGCCCGCCGCCAUGGGGCUGAAGGCCGCCCAGAAGACGCUGUUCCCGCUGCGCUCCAUCGACGACGUGGUGCGGCUGUUCGCUGCCGAGUUGGGCCGAGAGGAACCGGACCUGGUGCUCCUGUCCUUGGUACUGGGCUUCGUGGAGCAUUUCCUUGCUGUCAACCGCGUCAUCCCCACCAAUGUGCCCGAGCUCACCUUCCAGCCCAGCCCCGCGCCCGACCCACCUGGCGGGCUUACCUACUUCCCUGUGGCUGACCUGUCCAUCAUCGCUGCGCUGUAUGCCCGCUUCACCGCCCAGAUCCGUGGCGCUGUCGACCUGUCUCUCUACCCGCGAGAGGGGGGUGUCUCCAGCCGAGAACUGGUGAAGAAGGUCUCCGAUGUCAUCUGGAACAGCCUCAGCCGCUCCUACUUCAAGGAUCGGGCCCACAUCCAAUCCCUCUUCAGCUUCAUCACAGGCACUAAACUGGACAGCUCUGGUGUGGCCUUUGCCGUGGUGGGGGCCUGCCAGGCUCUGGGUCUCCGCGAUGUCCACCUGGCCCUGUCCGAGGACCACGCCUGGGUAGUGUUUGGGCCCAACGGAGAACAGACAGCUGAGGUCACUUGGCAUGGCAAGGGCAACGAGGAUCGCAGGGGCCAGACGGUCAACGCGGGUGUGGCUGAGCGGAGCUGGCUGUACCUGAAAGGCUCGUACUUGCGCUGUGACCGCAAGAUGGAGGUGGCGUUCAUGGUGUGUGCCAUCAACCCUUCCAUCGACCUGCACACCGACUCCCUGGAGCUGCUGCAGCUCCAGCAGAAGUUGCUCUGGCUGCUCUAUGACCUGGGACAUCUGGAAAGGUACCCCAUGGCACUGGGGAACCUGGCGGAUCUGGAGGAACUGGAGCCUACCCCCGGCCGGCCAGACCCACUCACCCUCUACCACAAGGGCAUUGCCUCAGCCAAGACCUACUACCGGGAUGAGCACAUCUACCCCUACAUGUACCUGGCUGGCUACCACUGUCGCAACCGCAAUGUGCGCGAAGCCCUCCAGGCGUGGGCUGACACGGCCACUGUCAUCCAGGACUACAACUACUGCCGUGAGGACGAGGAGAUCUACAAGGAGUUCUUCGAAGUAGCCAAUGAUGUCAUCCCCAACUUGCUGAAGGAGGCAGCCAGCCUGCUGGAGGCCGGCGAGGAGCGGCCAGGGGAGCAGACCCAGGGUGCCCAGAGCCAGGGUUCUGCCCUGCAGGACCCAGAGUGCUUUGCCCACCUGCUGCGGUUCUAUGACGGCAUCUGCAAGUGGGAAGAGGGCAGCCCCACGCCGGUGCUGCACGUGGGCUGGGCCACCUUCCUCGUGCAGUCCCUAGGCCGGUUCGAGGGACAGGUACGGCAGAAGGUGCGCAUCGUGAGUCGGGAGGCCGAGGCGGCCGAGGCGGAGGAGCUUUGGGGCGAGGAAGCCCGUGAAGGACGCCGGCGAGGCCCCCGGCGUGAGUCCAAGCCUGAGGAGCCGCCGCCGCCUAAAAAGCCGGCCCUGGAUAAGGUCCCGGGCGGAGGCCAGGGGGCGAUGUCAGGACCUCCUCGGAAGCCCCCAGGGACGGUCCCCGGCACUGCCCGCGGCCCGGAAGGAGGCAGCACGGCUCCGGCGCCACCGCCUGCGGCGUCGCCACCGCCCGAGGGCCCGGUGCUCACUUUCCAGAGCGAGAAGAUGAAGGGCAUGAAGGAGCUGCUGGUGGCCACCAAGAUCAACUCGAGCGCCAUCAAGCUGCAGCUCACGGCGCAGUCGCAAGUGCAGAUGAAGAAGCAGAAGGUGUCUACACCUAGCGACUACACGCUUUCCUUCCUCAAGCGCCAGCGCAAGGGCCUCUGAACUACCUGCCGGCCCUUGCGGUGGGGGGACAAGGGCACUCGGUCCCGAUGGAGGGGCCACCCCCGUCACCCCCACCCGGCCCUCGAGCCCAAGCCCCGCCCCCGGGCCAAGGGGGCCUGAGCCCCUCCUUCAGGCCCCACCCCCACCCGGAACCCCUGCUGCAACUUGCGGGAGGGCAGACCACUCCCCGGCUCUGCCGGUCAUUGGAAUGUAGAUCGCAUCCCCUGGAAUCCCAGCCGGCCAAGGGAAACCUCACUUGGAGCUCCAUCAUUAAUCUUUAAAGGUCCAAGCACUGGAAACAGGCCCCACCUCAGAACCGAGGCUCUAACCCUGGACCAGACCGGGGCUGCUCAUGGUUGCUCCCUGCCUGUGGGGCGGAGGUUUCGCCCUACACCCCAGAAGCACAGGUCCCGCCUCCAACUCCGGAACCUGGGACUCCGCUCGGCCCCUAGGAGUACAGUUCCGCACUUCAGAAUUCCAUCCUUUGGGAAUCCAAGCCCCCGACCCCAAAGAACUUAAAACUUUCAGAGUUUGGAAAUCCUAGCUUCUUCCCUUCUCUGCCCUGCGAGUCUGGGACACGAAACGCAGUCUCCGGCCUGUGAAUCCUGAGCCCCGCCCCCUUCCUGACCAAACUGGCCCCAGAUCAGAGCAGACCUCUUUCCGACCCUCUGGGAACCUCCCCGAGGUCCAGCCCGUCUCAGGGGACUCUGGAGGAAAUCUGCAGGGGUUUGCGAGUGGGUGAGGGGAGCCUGAUCUCUUCCUGUUUUGUACAUAGAUUUAUUUUUCAGUUCCAAGGAAGAUGAAUACAUUUUGUAAAAAAAAA